GACUCGGACGAGGACUGCGUGGCCGGGGAGCUGGACAUGCUGGGGAACGGUGUUCGGACGGGGCGCUGUGUACCCUAUUACCACGGGGCCUCCAAGACCUGCGAGGUGUCCGGCUGGUGCCCCGUGGAAGAUGGGGCCUCUGUCAGCCAGUUUCUUGGUAAGAUGGCCCCCAACUUCACCAUCCUCAUCAAGAACAGCAUCCACUACCCCAAGUUCCAGUUCUCCAAGGGCAACAUCGAGAUGCGCAAGGAUGGCUACCUGAAGCACUGCCUGUUCGACGAGGCGUCCCACCUGUAUUGCCCCAUUUUCAGGCUGGGCUUCAUCGUGGAGCGGGCGGGGGAGAACUUCACGGAGCUGGCCCGCACGGGUGGUGUCAUUGGGGUCAUUAUCAACUGGGACUGUGACCUGGACCUGCCGGCGUCCAACUGCAACCCCAGGUACUCCUUCCGGAGACUGGACCCCAAGCACACCCCGGCCUCCUCUGGCUACAACUUCAGGUUUGCCAAGUAUUACAAGAUAAAUGGCAGCACCACCCGCACCCUCAUCAAGGCCUACGGGAUCCGCAUUGACGUCAUCGUGCACGGACAGGCAGGCAAGUUCAGUCUGAUUCCCACCAUCAUUAACCUGGCCACAGCGCUGACCUCCAUCGGGGUGGGCUCCUUCCUGUGCGACUGGAUCUUGCUGACAUUCAUGAACAAAAACAAAGUCUACAGCCACAAGAAGUUCGACAAGAUGGUGGACACUCCCGAUCGGGGUGCAGGACCCGGGCCUCGGGCCUCCGAGCCUCCCCAGCAGGACUCCACGCUCACAGACCCCCGAGGCUUAGCCCAGCUCUGAGCCCCCUCCCCCACCUCACACUGCAAAGGCUGCCCUGACCUGAAGCAGGUGGGACCAGCACGGAGAGCCCAGCACUACCCCCGACAUGCCUCCUCACAGCUGGGAACGAAAGGGCCCCAUGCAACUGGGCAGUGGGCUGAAAGGGGGCAGCACCCUGCUCCCAGCUGCCCCCUCCCCCCCAGAUCCUCAUCCCUCCCACCCACACCACCUGCCUAGACCCGUUGCUGGGCUCCUAGCCAAGAAACCACGUCCAGAAUCCAAUAAACCUGUGACCAUUA